AGACGUGACUCACCAGCAGAGCUAAAGAUGUCCUGCACGUAUGCAACCGUCCUGGCUCUCCUCGCCGUGCUCCUCGCACUCUCUUUGUCUCCAGAGGCCGACUCUGCAGCUGUGCCCAGCAGCACAAGCAACACUACUGAUCCACAAGGUCUCCUCAAGAGGAUUUUCAUGAAGGAGGCCGAUGCCUCAAACUUCUUCAGGAGACGCAGCAGACGGGGAGCGAAGUCCCAGGAUGAGAUUAACGCUGAGCAGAGGCUGGUUUUGGCUGCAGACGAGCGCAGAAGAGAGUUUCACGAGGAGCAGAGGAACGAGUUUGAGAACUACGCUGAGGAGGAGCACGAUGAGCAAGACGAGAGGACCAGAGUGAGCACCGAGCAGUGGAGGGAGUUUCACUACGACGGGAUGCAUCCUCCCCACGAGUACAACCGUCACUCCACCUGAGAUACAGAGAGAAAGAAGAGAUGUGAUGCUGUGGAAACCAAUACUUAAAAGAGAAAGAAAAGUCUUGAACUACACAGUGAUGCUUGUCACCACAGACCCUGACAGCUGCAGAGUGAAAAGAUCAAGCACAGAAUGAAAUGUUUGAACUCCUUUUUAACCCUUGUGUUGCUGAUAUUGGCUUUAUUUCUUCAUGGCCUCCCUCUGACAUCACUGCUUAUUGUAUAAAAGCAAUAAUAAAGAUUCUUCUUCUAAACAUCUAAAAAAAAACUAAUGAGCAUAAAACUAUUGAAGUGGUAACCUAAGCAGAUAUUCUGUGUUUGAUAUCUUAUGGAGGAUGCAUGAACAAGUAGUUAUUCCUUUUUUCAGGGCUUCAACAAUUAUUUUCAUUAUUGAUUAAGUGUUUCUAUUCAUGAUUAAUUGAAAUGUUUUUUGGUCUGUAAAAUGUCAGAAAACUGUGUGAAAUGCUCAGUCCAACAAACAGCCCCGAAGCAAAGGCAGUCAAUUAUUGUUUAGUCGACAAAGACAACCAGCAAAUAGUCACAUCUCAGGAAUUGGAACCAUGAUUUCCACUUGAAAGAAACUCAAGUGAAAAGUCAAAUGAUGUAUUUUUAAGAUGAAUUAAAGCCCAUAUACGUAAUUUUUAUAAAUAAAUGUUUCUGAGAAACCCAAAUAGACCUUUUCAGGAUUAUCAUGCGGAUGUGUUUCUAAGAAUAGUAAUGUUAACAUUAACCACAGAUAUCUUAUUAUAGGCCACAUAUCUAUGAAGUCUUUUACUGCAACAUGUAUAAGAAAUUCUCAUACAAUUAACAUUAAAAUAAACAAACUUAAACAUCAGCCAUAAAGUAUAUACUGAGUUAAAUAGAUAUAGGGCAAUUUCAAAAUUCCUAUACUCACAUAUGUUCAUAUUUACUCACUUGUAAUGACAUAAAAAUAAACAAGUAAAUUAUUUGAAAAUCUAUAUACAGCUCUGCAAAAAAAUAAGAAAAGAUGUACUCCACUGCAUUCCAGAGUCUGUUGACUUUGAAAUUUGCAGGAUAAAUAUUCAUUUAUUUUAACAAAUUAUCUUGCAGUGGUCUCAAUUUUUUUCCAGGUCUGUAUAUAUAUAU